GCAGUAGCCAGGAUAUUGAAAGUCUAAGAACUACCAGGAAGACACGCAUACUCCAUGACCGAUACUCUGUGACUGUUUCUCAAUUGUAUUGCAGUGACCCCUUACCAUGCUGCCACAGACGUAUCUGCUCGGAUUGACUGAGUUUUUGACUGUAGUUUUUAGUUACCAUGGGCUGUUGAUGGCUGUGACAACGGCUGGAAGAAAAUACACGCUGUUCAGAAAUCUUCACAGCUGGAAUGAAGUACGUGAUAUUUGUAUAACCUCCAACAUGGGGAUGCUGAAGAUUGCUUCAGAGGCUGAGAUGAACGGCUUCAAGAAGGUCUUGGAGCCCUGGAUCAGCGAUGGGAAACUAACAGCUGAUAUGUGGUUAGGACUGUAUGACAAGGACCCUACGGGAGCCGAUUUUGUACACUAUUGGCAGUACGACUGCACACCUCUCGGGAAGUAUGCCCCUUGGUUGACCAACAUUGAACCUGAUGGAAAAGGAAGUGAGAACUGUGUCCGAACCACGAAGGGUGGGGUUUUCAAAACAAGAUCUUGCGUUUCCACUCUAGCGGUUAUUUGCCAGAACAACACAGCUCAAUGCUGGUACGAGGAGUACGUUAAUCAGAAGAUAUCCAAUGACAACCUGCAGAAAUCAUCUGCGGCGGACUUACAGGAAUGUAAAGCUAUGUGUUUGGAGACGACAACAGGAACGGACGAGUGUGUUGCAAUAUCACACGACGGCGCAGUUUGCAACAUCUACACCGCAGGAAGCAUUUACAUCAUCACAUUGCCCAGCAUGACUGCGGACAAAAGCUACAACACUCUUGUGAAACGAUGCUAUGAUGGUAAUUACAAAGAGGAUACUCCAUCUGUUUCUGAAAAUAAAAAUAGAAUUGCUGAAAACGAUUGCACAACCACAACGUCUUCUUCCACAACUACUGCUUCAACUACCCCUACUUCAGUCUUUGCAUCAACUACUACCACACCGGCUGAAACAACAACAGCGGAAAUGACUACAACGACUGUAUCAACUUCAACAUCAGCCUCUGAAGCAACUUCUUCAACACCUCCUACAACCACUUUAACCCCUACAACGGCUUCAACAACUGCUGCACCUACCCCCACUUCUUCAAUGUCUUCAUCUUCAACACCUCCUACAACCACUUUAACUCCUACAACAACUUCAACUACGGCUGCAACUACCCCCACUUCUUCAAUGUCUUCAUCUUCAAAACCUCCUACAACCACUUUAACCCCUACAACGGCUUCAACUACGGCUGCAACUACCCCCACUACAGUGUCUGCACCAGAUACAACCACACCCACUGCUGCAACUUCCACAACAGCUGCACAUGUUACUACACCUGCUGCAACGACUUCAGUUCCAAUUACGUCUACUGUCACCGCAACUGCAUCUACUACUGUUUCAUUUACUGUCACAACUACUUCUGCUACGAUAUCAACAUCGGCUUCCAUGACGUCUUCUUCUCCAGCUACAACUACUGUGACCAAGGUGACCUCGGAGUCCCCACUAGAAUCCUCUUUAUGCAACAACAGUGGGUCAACUUCAGGACCUGACAACACCACGUGUUCUGCCAUCUGUGUGACCAUAGCAGGACCGAACAGUCUCGAAUGGCAGGAGCUGAUGAGGGCAUUGAUCCUGAACAGGAAGAUGCUAUCGUCCUACCGACGAGCCAAGACUUCAGCACGGGAUGACCGACCUUCUGCCGGAACCCUCGGGGCAUCGGGGAUCGGAAUUCUAGUGCUAGUUUUUGGAUCUCUCAUUCUGUUAGAUAUGGACAGAUUUGUUUCCAUGUUACAUCGAUGGUACAAAAUGCCUCGCGGAAAUAAAUUUAGAACCUUCUCUCUUGACAAGAAUCUAUGACAGUUUUAUAGCUAUCACUAUAGUUCACAUCUUUAUAAAUGAAUCGUUGUGGAUUUAGUUGCGGAAUAGACACACAUCUGGUGAGAAAUGACUGUAUGGAUUCUAUGGCUACAAUGGCCGACCACGACUGCAGUUCUGAUUGGUUAUGCUAGCAACCUAUGGUUUGACACAUUCAUUUAUUUCUGCUUUCUACUUCUUUGAGUGGCAUUUUAGAAGUUGUGGAGAUGAAGGAAAACCAAGUUCUAUGCAUAGUCAUCACUUCCUUGAUAACAG